UCUCGUUUACAGUGGAGGAAGAGUCGUUUACACCGUGAGGAGAGUCUCUACACAUCGUCUCCAUGUCUAAAGUUGGACUGAGCUAGAUACUGCUUUGUCAGGAUAGUUUGUCUCCUUCCACAUUAUGUUAUGAAGGUUUUACUGGACACCGGCAGAGAAAGAAAACUCCUCAUCCUGUACCUAUUUAUCUGGAAUGUUGCAGCUGAUUGUCCCAUACCUCAACAUGGACAAUACAUAGUUCUCACAGAAGAAUCCCUCCUAAAAAAUGCAUUCCCAAAUGGUACUGUGAUCACAUAUGAGUGCAGACUUGGAUAUGAAAAAAGAAAGACUGUGGACUCCCUGAAGCACAACCACACAUGAUAUUUGAUACCAGCCAGGAUACUUUGCUUGGUGCAGAGGUCAAAGUAACCUGUGAAGAAGGUUACGUGCUGUUUGGAUCCACCCAUAGAAUUUGCCUGGGCAUGGGGUGGGUUGGAAGUGGAGACUGUGUCUUUGUUACUUGUCCCAAACCGACUAAAGUGGAAAAUGGCGAACAUUCUUGGAAUAGUGACGAUGAACCAGUAUACCAACAAACAAUAAAUUUCACAUGUAAUACAGGAUACACUAUGGUUGGGAAUGAAACCAUUAGGUGUACUGAAACUGCCGAAUAUGAUUCUGAGCCACCACAAUGCAUCGCUUAUUGCCCCAUACCUAACGGUGGAGAGAACAUGGUUCUCACUAAUGAAUCCCUCCUAAGAAAGGAUUUCCCAGAGGGUACCAAUGUCACAUAUGAGUGCGCCAAUGGAUAUGAAAAAGAAAAUGGCUCUGAGAUCAUAACCUGCAUUGAUGGGAAUUGGACUGAGCCAGAUCUAAUCUGCAAGAAAAAUAUACUUCGUCUAGACAGUGUGGCCUUUAUUGCAACAGCUAAAGAAAGUGAAUCGUCUUCAGUGGAAGGAGAAUUAUUUACCCCGUGAGGAGCGUCUCUACGCACUAUAUUUCCAUGACUAAAGUUGGACUGAGGUAGAGGCAGCUUAAUCCGGAUGGUUUGUUUUUCCUUCCACAUCUAUGGAGGAUUUAGUUGACACCGGCAGACAGAGAAAACUCCUUAUCCUGUACCUUUUUAUCGGGAAUAUUGCAGCUAAUUGUCCCAUACCUGAACAUGGAGAGUACGCAAUUCUCACAGAAGAAUCCCUCCUAAAAAAUACAUUCCCUGAUGGUACUGUGAUUACAUAUGAGUGCAGACGUGGAUAUGAUGAAGUAAGUGGCACUGGGACGGCGAACUGCGUCAAUGGGAAGUGGACCAAGCCAGAUAUCAUCUGCAGGAAGAAAGAUUGUGGUCUCCCUGAAGCACAGCCACACAUGAUAUUUAACACCAGCCAGGGUACUAUGUUUGGUGCACUGGUAAAAAUAACCUGUGAAGAAGGUUACUGGGUCACUGGAUGGCGCUACUUGCAGUGCACGGGCACAAAGUGGUAUGGAAAGCCAAAUUGUGUCCUUGCUACUUGUCCCAUCCCGACCAAAGUGGAAAAUGGCGAACAUUCUUGGAGUAGUGACAAUAAACCAGAAUAUCAACAAACGAUAAAUUUUUUGUGUAACACAGGAUACACCAUGAUUGGGAAUAAAACCAUUAGGUGUACUAAAACUGGCAAAUAUGAUUAUGAGCCACCACGAUGCAUCGCUUUUUGCCCCAUACCUAAAGGUGGAGAGAACAUGAUUCUCACUGAUGAUUCACUCCUAAAAAAAGAUUUCCCAGCAGGUACCGAGGUCACAUAUAAGUGCGUAAUUGGAUAUGAAAAAGUAAGUGGCACUGGGAUCAUGAUUUGCGACGAUGGGAAGUGGACCGAGCCCGAUAUUAUCUGCAGGAAGAAAGACUGUGGUCUCCCUAAAGCACAGCCACACGUGUUAUUUGACACCAGCAACGGAACUCUAUUUGGUGCAGUGGUUAAAGUAACUUGUGAAGAAGGUUACUAUAUCAAUGGAUUGAACUACAAACAGUGCUUGGACACAGGAUGGUUUGGAACUGCAAAUUGUGUCAUUUUCACUUGUUCCAAGCUGACCAAAGUGGAAAAUGGCAGACAUUCUUGGAAUAGUGACCGUGAACCAGAAUAUCGACAAACUAUACAUUUCACAUGUAACACAGGAUACACCUUGUUUGGGAAUAAAACCAUUACGUGUACUAAAACUGGCAAAUAUGAUUCUGAGGUACCACGAUGCAUUGCUGACUGUCCCAAACCUCAACAUGUAGAAAACACAGUUCUCACUGCUGACUCCCUCCUGAAAAGCUUUUUUCCAGAUGGUACUGUGAUCACAUCUGAGUGCAUAAGUGGAUAUAAUAAAGUAAGUGGCACUGGGAUCAUUAAAUGUGUCGAUGGGAAGUGGACCAAGCCAGAUAUUGUCUGCAGGAAGAAUGACUGUGGGCUCCCAGAAGCAAAACCGCACAUGUUAUUUAAUACCAGCCAGGGUACUCUGUUUGGUGCAUUGGUUAAAGUAACAUGUGAAGAAGGGUACCGGAUUAUUGGAUCAAGCUCCAUACAGUGCUUGGCUACAGGAUGGUUUGGAACAGCAGAUUGUGUGAUUGUUACUUGUCCCAAACCAACCAAAAUGGAAAAUGGCAAAAAUUCUUGGAAUAGUGACAAUGAACCAGAAUACCAACAAACAAUACAUUUCACAUGUAACACAGGAUACACCUUGUUUGGGAAUGAAAUCAUUAGGUGUACUAAAACUGGGGAAUAUGAUGCCUACCUACCACAAUGCAUUGCUCUGACUUGUCCCAAACCAACCAAAGUGGAAAAUGCCGAACAUUCAUGGAAUAGUGAUAAUAAACCAGAAUAUCAACAAACAAUAAAUUUCACAUGUCACGCAGGAUCCUAUAUGGUUGGGAUUGAAACCAUUAGGUGCACUGAAACUGGUGAAUAUGAUUAUGAGCCACCACGAUGCAUCGCUUUUUGUCCCAUGCCUAAAAGUGGCGAGAACAUGAUUCUCACUAAUGAAUCCCUCCUACAAGUGAAUUUCCAAGAGGGUACCAACAUCACAUAUGAGUGCAGCUAUGGAUUUGAAAAAGAAACUGGCUCUGAGAUCAUAACCUGCAUUGAUGGGAAUUGGACUGAGCCAGAUCUAAUCUGCAAGAGCCGGAGUAUAAAAACUAUAAAUGAAGGAAAUACACCUUUUUUAAGCAGAUUGGCGAUGGUUACGAUGGUUUGCUGUGCAGUUGGAUUUUUUUUAAACAUCUUACUUGCGUGGAGACCAUGGUCAUAUGACACUGGAGAAGAGCUGACGCCGGAGUUAUUACAGUUCCAUACUCUUUAAGUAUCCUUCUUCAUUCAGUUGGAACUGGACCCAGCUGUUGGGGCAUCUCCUACAAAUGAAGGACUGCAAACUCUGAGCGCCUUACCAAGCCUUGGAUAAAGCAAGC